GGCGCCCGCCAGAGCCGCGACCCGGAAGUGCGCGACGUCACGUCCGGCCCGUGGUGGGGACGGCGGCCGGCAGGCUGCGCGGGGCGCCCAGGGCGAUGCUACUGCCUUCCGCGCUCCGGGCUCGCCUGGCUGGGGCGCCCGGGGCAGCCGAGCCGCUGCCCGUGCAGCGGAACCCUGCGGCCCGAGCGGCGCCCUUCGGCUUCGUGCCGCGCCUGAUGCGUUUCCCGAGGGAACAUGAGUUCUUCGAAGACGGGGACGUGCAGCGGCACCUGUACCUGCAAGAUGUGCUCACGCAGGUGGCCGAGGCCCCGGAGAAGUCUAGGGUGCCCGAAUUCACCUGUCAGGUAGCUGGCUGCUGCCAGGUGUUUGCUGCCCUGGAGGACUACCAGCACCACUACCAUAUGAUGCACCGAAAUGCCUGCUCCCUGUGUAGCCGCGCCUUCCCUUCCGAGCACUUGCUGGAUGCCCACAUUCUGGAAUGGCAUGAUUCACUCUUCCAGGUCCUGGCGGAAAGACAAGACAUGUACCAGUGCCUGGUUGAAGGCUGCCCUGAGAAAUUCAAGACUACCCAGGCCCGGAAGGAUCACAUGGUGAGGCUCCAUCUCUACCCUGCAGAUUUCCGGUUUGAUAAGCCCAAGACCAACAGAGGCCGAGCCAUGCCAGGGGCCAUUACAAACCUGUCCACCAGAACCCAGGCGGAUGAUGGCGAUGCCAUGGAAGUCUGCUCUGAACCCAUGGCUCUGCCCCAAGCACCAGUAGGUGAGAGGCGGACCUACAGUCACAGAAUACCUCCUACAAUCUGUUUUGGACAGGGUGCAUCAAGAGGGUUUAAAAGCACCAAGAAAAAAAAAUAAAACACUAGUGACAGAGAGAAAGAACCAAGCAUGGGCAGAAGACCAUGGCCUCCUGCAAGAGAUGUGUUGUCAGGGCCUUUCUCUCACUUCUGGUGUUCCUGCCCCGGGACUGGGCCUUUGUUGCCCUCUGUGUCUUGAGCCUUCUGUAGGCAACUCCGCAGCUGCUCCCGGAGGCAGCCAGGGCCCUGCGGAACUGACUGGGAAGCUCCUCAGUGGGUGAGAUGGGGAGAUGACCUACCUCCCUCUGCAGGCGCCACCCUAAGAAUGUCUUUUUUAAAAACAUAAAGUAUUUUUCGCUGAU